AUGAGCUAUACUCUGUUCCCAGACUUCUUGCAAGAAAUUUCAAAGCUCCUAGAGGACGCAGUGAACGAUUUUGAUGUACUCAUUCAAGUAGGGCAGGAGUCGAAAAUGAAAGAGUUUCGAGCUCACUCACUUAUUCUGAGUGCACGGUCACCCUAUUUUCGCACAGCACUUUCCGAAAAUUUGGUCGCAAAGAAGGACGGCGUGGUUAUUCUCAAGGAGCAAACCAUCUUACCAGCAGUAUUCGAUUCUAUACUCAGAUACAUAUACAGUGGCGAGAUUUGUUAUGAUCAACCCGGAGACAUUUCCAGUGAUAUUAACCAAAAUGCUACCCAUGCUUUAGAUAUCCUAGUAGCUGCUAAUGAAUUAAGACUCUGCAAACUUAUUAAUUGCACUCAAAUCUAUCUUAUUGAAAAACAAUCAUCGUGGUUGCAGCAAAACCUUACUGGCAUCCUGCAGCUAUCUUGUCGUCACGAACCCUUCGUGAAGCUACGUGACUAUAUUCUAGAAAUUGUUUGCAAAAAUCCGAAUGCGUUGUUUGAGUCUGAUGAUUUCCUGCGCUUGGACGAAACCACUCUUAUUUAUAUUCUCAAACGUGAUGACCUUGACAUGCCUGAGGUCAAGAUAUGGGAGUAUAUAAUUAAGUGGGGGAUCUCUCGUACUAACCCCGACCUUGAAAGGCACUCUGAUUGGUCCGACAAAGAUUUCUCAACUCUUGAAAGAUCAUUACAUAGUUUAAUUCCUUUAGUAAGAUUUUUUCAAAUGUCUAGAGAGGACUAUUAUCAAAAAGUGAGACAUUUAUAUCGGAAAAUUCUUCCUGAUCAGCUCAAUGAGGAUAUUAUUCGAUAUCACAUGGAUUCUGGUUGUGAAUUGCAAUCUUGCGUCCUUCCACUACGAGUGUCUGCAUCUCCGUUUGACUCCAAGAUUAUUAGUGCUAAAGAUGCUGCACAAAUUGCAAGUUGGAUAGACUACAAGGAUGGGAAUCCAUACACGUUUAGAAAGAAUCCAUAUAAGUUCAAGCUCAUUUUGCGUGGUAGUCGUGAUGGGUUUGAUAUUGAUAGUUUUCACCAAAUUUGUGAUAAUAAGGAACGCACUGUCAUUGCAAUAAAAGUUUCCGGGACAGGAGAAGUGGUUGGAGGAUAUAAUCCGCUUCAAUGGAAAGCAACUGGUGUCAGAUGGUUAGAAAAUGAUCCCAACAGUGUUAGGAUAUACCCGUAUCAUAGGGGGGGUGGUUAUUGUGAAUCUAAAUAUUACAAUCAUAAACGCAGGACAAAUGAUAGCUUCCUUUUCUCUCUUGGCAACAAUCAAGCGCCAAAAUUGAGCCGAAUCCUUCGUGAAUCAGCAAACAAAGCUAUAUCCUGGGAUGCAAAGAGUGGCCCAUGUUUCGGAGAUGCCGAUUUGCGCAUGACUGGUCAAUCCACCAAUACAUCUAAUUGGGUAAGCAAAACACAAUUUUAUGAACACAGCAUUGCCAAUUUGGAAACCUUUUCCGCGGAAGAAUUUGAAGUGUUUCAAAUAGAGCAUUGUACUAUAUUCCGACUUCCCAAGUUUUUUGAAUUCCCUCAAUUGAAUGAUUUGAGUCCCUCUCAAAUUUCCCACUUUCUAGAAGUAUUACAUAAAAAAGCCAGGGGCACUGACUGCUAA